GUCGGGAGACAGAAUUUGUGGACACCCUAGACGCACACAGAUCAAGUGUAAUAUUUACGCACCAGACAGAAUGGCGCAGACAAAUCCGAUGCCCAUGGGACCGUGGAAGAUCACAGUCUAUGAUCAAGAAUGCUUCCAGGGCAAGCGAAUGGAGUUCACAGCCUCCUGUCAGAACAUCAUGGAAUGUGGCUUCGACACUGUGCGCUCAGUCAAAGUGGAGUGCGGCGCUUGGGUCGGCUAUGAGCACUCCAGUUUCUGCGGGCAGCAGUUCAUCCUGGAGAGAGGAGAGUACCCCCGCUGGGACGCCUGGAGCGGCAGCAACGCCUAUCACAUUGAGAGGCUGAUGUCCUUCCGCCCCAUCUGCUCCGCUAGCCACAAGGAGUCCAAGAUGACCGUGUUUGAACGGGAGAACUUCAUUGGGCGCCAGUGGGAGCUGUGUGAUGACUACCCCUCUCUGCAGGCGAUGGGCUGGUGCAACAACGAGAUCGGCUCCAUGAAGAUAACAAGCGGAGCGUGGGUGUGUUACCAGUUCCCUGGUUACCGUGGAUACCAGUAUAUCAUGGAGUGUGACCACCAUGGAGGAGAGUACAAACACUGGAAGGAGUGGGGCUCCCAUGCCCAGACUUUCCAAGUGCAGUCCAUCCGUCGAAUCCAGCAGUGAGCAAGCAAGUGGACCCCCCCCUUCCUCCCCAAACCCAAAAAGACCACAGGCUGCCAGUGUAGUGUCUCCUCCCUCCCCCCCUGCAGAGGAACUAAACUCCGACACUGUUGAACUACUCAGACUCUGCAAAACACCAUUGUUAUAGUACCAGCUGUUCACAAAAUGAUCAAUAAAGAAAAUGUCUCAAAUGUAUACCUCCUCUUUAAAAAAAAAAAAAAACCUUCAA